GGGUGGUUGCGCAAUUGAGUGGCAACUCUUGAAGACAUAGUCGGCAAAAUCAAGGAAAAGCAUGAUGCAGCUGAAGCAAAGGAACUAGCAGCAAAAGAAGAAGAAGAACAAAAAAAGAGAGAAAAGGUGGAGGAGGAUCGUCGUUUGUUUGAGAAACAAGAUAGGGAGGAGUGGCAGUUAAAGAUGCGAGAAGAUCUGAAUAGUCGAUGGGAGAUGGUAUGUGAGAAGAUUGACCAGAAGGAUAAGGUGAACAAUGAAGUUGCUAAGUUACGUGAAGAAGUUGCUCGGAUGGCUCAAAAGAACGACGUGGAAAAACCAUCCUCUUCGAUGGCCAAAACUGUGAUUGAAGAAGACGUGGUCGAACGAUUGAAGCGGGAACAAGAGGAGUUGCGGGCUGCAGCGGAUCGAUGGUUUGCUUUGCUCGAGGAAAGACUUUCGGCGUUGACCAAGGCGAAAGAGGAAGCAGAAGCGAAUGCUGAAGUGUGGAAGGCAGAAGCUCUUCGACCCGGCAACAAGAGGGGAAGCAUCGCGGUCGGACAGACUCAUGUUUCACACGCUAGGGUACGACAGCGUAGCACAUCUUCUGGGCUGCCUACCGAGCCUCGAGUUAAUCCGCAGAUCAAAGGUAUUGUCGAGCGCCACAAUAUGGAGGUCGUCCUGUUGAAGGAAAUGCGUUUGAAGGACGUCAAUGGAGAUGAGAAUGGCUUCAGAGAGCAGCUGCGGCGGCAGGCAAUGGCUAUAAUGGCUGGACUGUCUGAUGUUCAGCAUCGACAGAUCCUGCUCGGCGGGUUCGCGCUGUCUCCUACUCCCGCUUCACAUGACAUCGGCAAUCACGAUGCGCCUCCAUGCUUGUCACCUGUGACACCUGCGUCAGGCGGCCAGACUGUGUCACUCUCUCACGAAAUUGGAUGUACCACUCCUCCGCCUCAUACGGGCGUUAUGAACCGUCCAGAGGGCCAACCACCAUGUUCCAAUUCUGGCAGCAGCAGUGGGGGUGUUCAGGGAGUGGAGCAGGAACCUGCUGAUGAGUACAUCAUCAAUCGGUUAAUUCGAGACGUCGAAGGCGGUACAUUUCCAGGCGCCAAUUUCAUUGUGGAUGCCGGUGACAGGCAACAGCGACCUCCGCCCACCCCGCCUGCAGGGGCAUGGUGACAAUCUCGGGCAUGCUUCUGACAGUCCGAGUCCCGUUGCAGAUAAGUCUA